UUAACUCCCACAGAGAGAGAUGGCUGAAGUCGCUCCCGCUCCCGCCGCCGCGCCGGCCAAAGCGCCCAAGAAGAAGGCAGCUUCGAGGACCAAGAAAACAGGCCCUAGCGUCGGCGAGCUCAUCGUCAAAGCGGUUUCCUCGUCCAAGGAGAGGAGCGGCGUGUCUCUUGCCGCCCUGAAGAAAGCUUUGGCUGCCGGCGGAUACGACGUGGAGAAGAACAACUCUCGCGUCAAGCUCGCCGUCAAGGGCCUCGUUACUAAAGGCACUCUGGUGCAGACCAAAGGGACCGGCGCGUCUGGAUCUUUCAAGCUGAACAAGAAGCAGACCGAAGUUAAGAAACCCGCAAAAAAAGCCGCGACAAAGGCGGCCGCCAAAAAGCCCGCCACGGCUAAGAAGCCCAAGAAAGUAGCGGCCAAGAAACCCGCAGCCAAGAAGUCUCCCAAGAAGACGAAGAAGCCCGUCGCUGCCGCCAAGAAAGCCACCAAAAGCCCCAAGAAGGCAAAAAAGCCGGCGACCCCCAAGAAGGCAGCCAAGAGCCCUAAGAAGGCCAAAAAGUCGGCGACCCCCAAGAAGGUAAAGGCUGUAAAGCCCAAGACCUCAAAGCCAAAAGCGGCGAAGGCCAAAAAGGCUCCCAAGAAGAAGUAAACGUGUUUCUUAUGUUUUUUAACCCUCAAACGGCUCUUUUAAGAGCCACCCAUAU